AUGCUCGGCGCAAUUUUCGGAUUGCUGAACCUCGCCUUAUUCAAGGAUUUCAGUGGUGUACUUGAACAGAUCCCACUUGUCCCCACGGGUGACUUGGGAUAUGCGACAUACCAAGGCAACCAGCGGUACCCAAACGCGGUUAACUCGGGAACCACGGUCGACUUGGGAUAUGUGACAUACCAAGGCAAGCUGGACGAGGCAUACCCAAACACGGUGGUAUACUUUGGGAUACCGUAUGCCGAGCCCCCUGUAGGCGACCUGCGCUUCCGUCCAACUGUCCCUCUAAAUACAACACGUGUGACUGAAGAGGCCAACGGGGAGGUAGUCAACGCGACCGACCACCCUAACUUUUGUAUUCAAGGAUCACUUCCUGGGAAAGAAGGUGGAGCAGGAUCAGAGGACUGCUUAAAUGUUAACAUCUACACACCCUUCGGCGCCACAGAAGGCGACAACUUGCCUGUGAUGUUCUUUAUCCAUGGCGGAGCUUUUGUUUUUGGAAACCCGCCCACCUGGCCAUUUGAUCAUUGGAUCGAACAAAGCCCAAAUGUCAUUAUCGUGUCGGUUUAUUACCGUCUUGCUUCUUUCGGCUUCCUGCCACCCCCUCCUGAGUUCGCCGACCAAUUUGGCUAUAAUGCGGGGCUCAAGGACCAGAGACAGGCGCUCAGAUGGGUUCAGUCAUACAUCAGCAAAUUCGGUGGCAACCCGAACGAGGUCACCAUCGCCGGGCACAGCGCCGGUGCCAUCUCUAGCGUCGUCAGAUCACCCCUUCCCACCCCUGAGCAACAGCAGCCCCUCUUCGAUUUCUACGCAAGAGAAGCAGGGUGCGAUCUGCCUGAUGCGCUAAUGAAAAUGUCAUGUAUCCGUAUGGCAAAUGUCAGUAUGCUUGCAGCAGCGCAGGAUGCUGCAUUCCAGGAAUUGUCCUUGGAAUACCGUUCAUUUGGUCCUGUUGUGGACGACGUGCUGAUUACUGGACACCCUACGUCAAAGUUCCAGUGCGGUGACUUCGCUCAUGUUCCGCUUUUAGUUGGUGCAACAUCCGACGAAAGUCUUAUUCCCGAGAUGUUCCCUAACAUCUCUGUGGCACUUAAGGUAUAUUUCCCAUUGUUGACAGACACAGACAUCCAGCAGUUCUUGUGGCUAUACCCACUGGACGACUUUGAUUCGCCGAGUCAACAGUAUCAGGUGAUCACAGGCGAACUUUCUGCGAGAUGUAAUCCCCAGGCCAUGGGUGUCCCAUCCUCGCGAUAUUCGGAUGACUUGACUUGGACUUAUCGGUACAACACGCCUAAACCACGCAUCGAGUCCAACAUCAUCCCAGUCGAACAUGCUGAUGAGAUCUGGAUGAUGUUUAAUGGCACUAAAACUGGUCCCAACGGCACUUUCACAUUCCAACCACAGACGCUAGCCGAACGCGCAUUCGCUUCCGAAAUCAUUGCUUACUGGCUUUCCUUCGUGCGCAGCAGCAAGCCGAAUACUUACAAGCUGGACAAGUCUCCGGUGUGGGGAGCGUACAACGAGUCCAAACCAGUCCGGGUGGUUCUGAUGCAGGACCCGCAAAAUUCGACGAAUGUGACUGGUAGCUAUAUGGAGGAACAGCCUGUUCCAGAGACUGUGAGGUGUGCAUUUGCAAUUAGCAAGGCGGAGGUUUGUCAAAAUUAG